GGUAGAUUAACACAUUCGAACUCAACCAGUGUGACCUACACCUUCUCAAGUUCUCUCUCUUUCAUUCUUCUCUGUCUUUUAAAAAGCCAUGUCAGUGAAUGCUAAAGAUCUGAGCCCCGAAGAACUAAUAGGGUACGCCAAACUAGCCGAGCAGUCUGACAGAUAUGAGGAUAUGGCUAGAUACAUGAAAGCUUAUGUAGAGAAAGAUUCUGAACACCUAGAUGCUGAGAAAAGAAACCUCCUCUCCGUCGCUUACAAGAACGCCGUAGGCUCACGUCGCUCUGCCUGGAGGGUAAUCUCGAGCAUAGAGAAGAGGGAGGAAGACAGGAAGGAGGGACAGGGGUCCAUUAAAGAAUACAAAAAGACGAUUGAAGGAGAGCUUACCGGUAUAUGCAAUGAGAUCCUGGGCUUACUUGAUAAGAUAUUAGAAUCUGCUAAAGAUAUCGAGUCCAAGGUCUUUUAUCUUAAAAUGAAGGGCGAUUAUUAUCGCUAUCUUGCCGAAAUCAAACCCGAGGGUGAGGGUAGAGAUGACGUUGUCUCCAAGGCUUUAGAAGCGUAUCAGAAAGCUUACGACGACAAGGAGAGCCCUGAUGACAAAAAGAUGGACUCAACGAACCCUAUCAGACUUGGCCUCGCUCUUAACUUCUCUGUCUUUUAUUACGAGAUUAAGAACGAUCGGAAAGAAGCCUGUUCCCUCGCCAAAAAGGCAUUCGAUGAUGCGAUAGCUGAUUUGGACAAGCUUCAAGACGAGACAUACAAAGAUAGCACUCUUAUAUUGCAGCUCCUGCGUGACAACCUUACCCUCUGGUCAGCCGAAUCCGACGAUGGGAGGGAUGAUGAAGAAGGCGAUAUGGAUAAUAAUUAGCCGAUGGUAGUUACUUAUUGGUUUUUCACACCUAGAAACUUUGUGUGUGCAUGUAAAUUUUUCUUCUCUUAACUCUGACUUGUAGGGUUUUUCUAUAAUUUUAGCUAUAACUAACAUACAUGUAUUAGAUGAUUCAUAUAAUAAAGAAUAACGAUUCUUUAAUAAGUGAUACUAAUUA